CCUCCAAUGACAAAACUGUGUCAAAUGUCCCAUGUCAAAGUGCCAAAACACCAUCCGACAUCAUUCAAGAUAUGGAUACUACUAGUACUGCCAUCAGCAGCAUAGCUGAUGACCGGUUUAACAUCUGUCAGCACGCUCAGAAGUUUACAGAGUCUGAGGAAGAGGAUUUCUUUACUUCACUUCCAUGCCUUGAAGAGAAGGAAAUCAUGGAUUUGGCAAAGGCAACGGAGCAGCAAUUUCAGUCUCCAAUCUGGCAUGCUGCUCGUAAAGGCCGCAUUACAGCUUCUCGGUAAAGACUAGAAAUUACUUAAUAUUACUGAAUAGUAGAAAGUGGUAUACAAUCAUUGAUCUCAUUGAUCUCAUUAUAUAUAAUUACUGCCUUUCAGUACUUUCAGGCUUUCUAUGCCAUCCAAUUGUAUGUGUAACUAAAUAUUACAGUGUCUUGUUAUCUUUGACAAUUUAUAUGAUAUAUUAAUCAACCACAAACAGUGUAAAGUACCAUUAGUACUUUUAGCUCAAGGUGAAAGGCGAUCAAAGUUGAAAUCUGUCUGCAGUGAUUGAAGCAAUUCAUUUAGAUUAACAGUAGUGAUCAUGAGUGGGAAGAUGUUUGCUUGACACCCUAACCUAUUAUAUGGUCUUGAAUAUUCAUCAGCAUUAUGAAUGUAAAUUUAAAGGGGACCUUAUUUAUACUUCUUUCAGGUUUUAUGCAGUGCAUACAAAGGUGAAUACCAUCAAGAAAGCAGCCAUGGAACCGGACACUUCAUCCAUUCUCAAAGUGCUGAAGGGUGAAUCCAGUCUAUCAGAUAAUCCAGAAAAACUGCCCAGGGCCAUGAAACAUGGACAAGAAAUGGAAGCUGUUGCCAAAAAAGAGUUUUUUGAAUCAAACAAGACAAAACAUCAGAACUUAACUGUUGAUAACAGUGGCUUUUUCAUACAUCCACAAAAACCUUUUUUGGGAGCUAGCCCUGAUUUGUUAACUUCUUGCACUUGUUGUGGAAAGGGGGUUGUAGAGAUAAAAUGUCCUGUUAUCCCACCUUGUUCUAAAUGUACCACAAAAAUGUGUUCCUGUCCAGACAGACGUUUGAAGUGUUUUCAAUAUGUAAAUGGUCAACUUUCUUUAAAGGAAAACCAUGCAUAUUUUGGCCAAAUUCAAGGGCAAAUGGCUGUAACAGGACGACAUUUCUGUGACUUCUAUGUAUAUACUGCAUAUGCCACAUAUCAGCAGAGAAUUCAAUUCAAUUCUGCAUUUUGGAUAAAUAUGUCCAAUAAUUUGGAGUAUUUCUUCAAAAAGUACAUGAUUCCGGAUAUGCUCAAAAUGUCCACUACAGACUUCGGAGCAGCAAAUGUCAACGAAGAUGUAGAGGACAUGGAAACUGAGGAUAUAUUUGGAGAAACAUAUUUUUGUCCAUUAUGUCACCAGAAAAUUUUGGAAGAUGAGAACAUCAAUAGUUUUGGGGCAAGGAGUGUGUGCUGUGACUUGUGUGAUAAAUGGUAUCAUUUCAAGUGUGUCAAAAUGACCAAAUCUUCUCUUAAGUCCCUAGGUGACUGGUUAUGCCCAACAUGUAUGUUUGUUUGAAAGUGAUAUAUGGUUUUUGCAUUUCAUAUAUCUUGCCUAUAUUGUGAUGAUUCAUCUAAAACUGUAAAACCUUAAUCUGUACACUAUCUUUGUAUGCAUGUGUAAAACCAUAAACAAACUGUCACAUGUUCACAUUAAUAACGGUUGUAGCAAUGCAAUUAAAUACUUAACAAGGUUUAUUUGCUAUACCUUGGUAAAGGAGGAUACAGAUUACAGAUACCUGCUACAACCAAAACAACAUCAUCUAAAUGAUGUAACAAUGUUAAUGGUAGUUCAUUCUUCAAUAUUCGAAAGUAUUUCAUUCUCCUAAUGGCUUGCUCAAUGUAAAUUCUACGAUUUGCAAUUUGUUUGGUUUUCUUUACUUCUUCUUUUGUGAACUGUGCAGUACCACGCCUA